AUGAACGAGUCUCCAUUUAUUGUUAGCUCACUAGAGAAAAGAUAUCCUUUUGAGAUAUCCAACGGAAUGCUCCAGGAGGUCACUCCCCACACUGUCUUUGAGCUCAUAAGGGACAUAAGAGACCCCGAGCAUCCUUAUACUCUAGAGCAGCUCGGUGUUGUGUCCAAGGAGGGGAUAAGCAUAGGGGCUAUCAAUUCCGAUGAUUCGGUGCUCGGUAUCGGGCUACCGAUCAAGUAUGUGAGGGUGAUGUUCAAGCCCACAAUACCUCACUGUUCGAUGGCAGCAGUGAUAGGGCUAUGUAUAAAAGCGCAAUUGAACAAGUACGUAAGAAGCCAUUUUAUCCAAGUCCAUAUAGUAGAUGGCGGGCAUAUAAACUUCAAGGCCUUAAACAAGCAGCUGGACGAUAAGGACAGGGUCCUUGCAGCAAUGGAGAAUGAAACCUUGGCUGACCUUAUGAAAGAAUGCCUCCCAGAUCUAUAG